AUGGUCAAAUACACGAAUCAUCAUAACUAUGAACUUGCAAUGUUUGAUGAUUCUGUCAAUCAAUGGCCUUUUAUCAGACAUAAUGAAGAAAGUUUGUCAUGCACUGCAAAAGUUUCUAAAAUCAUAGACUCCAGUUUCAAGGUCAACCUGACUGAAUCAUCAGACCAGUGCAAGGUCACUUGGAAAUCAAAAGAAAAGUGGCUUCUGUGCAGAGGAUACAAAGAUUUCUCUUCAAACGAGAGGCCUCGUCGAUACUUCUUCAACCUAGCAAACUGCCAUGGAGGAGAAGUACCCGGAAUUUGGAAUGUGACUUACACACUUCAUAUGACUAACGGACUUAAGAGCUUGGAUUGGGAAUUUUCUUAUGAUCAGAGAUAUUUGAUGGUGACUGAUCUUGGAUUUUUAUUCUCAUAUCUUGGAAUACUUCUAGUAGCAACCGUCAACCAUGUAACUCUGUUCAGGAAGCAUCUUCUCCAUGUGACCUACAGACUGUUCUACCUUAGUCUCAGUCUUCAGCUGAUUUCUCUACUACUCCACUGCAUUGCCAUGGGUUGCUUCUCCAAUAAUGGGGUCAGUCUUCCCAGGUUGAACAAUUCAGCUGACAUACUCCAUGGCCUAUCUAGUGUGAUAUUUGUAGCACUCCUCUUCUUGGUUUCCAAAGGUUAUACAGUUACUAGGACCCGAAUGAGUUUUAAUGGUUCCAUUCAGCUAGCAAUCUUUUGUCUCUUGUAUGCUGUGUCCUACCUGAUCUUCUCCGUCUAUCAGACCAUACUGGUGGAUCCUAGAGAUAUCCUAGCUCAGUAUAGUAUCCAGGUUGCAGCUGGUCCAAUUAUUUGUCGCAUUGCAGGUCUUGUUUGGACCCUUCAUGGGGUAUACUUCACUGUCAAACGUCAUCGCAAUAAGCUUGUCUUCUAUCUACCCUUUGCUUGCUUCUUCUCAUUAUGGUUUAUGAUUGAGCCUGUGGCUCUCAUUCUCGCUCUCUCAUCUGUGUUUCCUAAAAUGGACAGUUCACUGAUCCUCAACGGUCUCCAGCUUCUGACAGCAUUUCUUGGACAUGCCUACUUCCUCUUCCUAUCAAUGCCUGUAACACUCAAUAAGAGUUUCCCAUUUCAUCUUCCAGUCUCAAAGGUUGGAGUCCUUCCUUCUUCUGAAGGUGUUGGGGCUCUCUAUAAACCCUCUGAAGAGCACUAUGAUGUAUUCUCCAAUGGAAGCCCUAACUCGGCCAGAGGAACAGUCAAAUCUGUCAAUUCUUGCUCUUCAGACCCUAUCGUACUACCACCAGUCUUCCUCCAUGAUGCCUCAUUUGAUGAACAGAGAAGGCAGAGUGUCAAUACUCGCGUUGCUUCAACGAUGCUGACAACAAGACUAGCAAUGCCUACCCCUCCCAAAGAAUCUAAAAGUGAACCACAGCUUCUUCCAGUGACCAGCCCAUCGGGUGGCUUCUCUGUCUUCUGUGCGAUGGCUGAAACAUGCAAUCCACAACAGGUAACAGACAUGUUGAAAAUAGAAUCUAUUUCAUAG